UGAAGACAGCAUUCCUGUAUUGUCUUUCAAUGUCACAGAAAACGUGGCCAUCCUCAUCAUCCAAGCCAAGUGUGGAUGUGGCAGCAAUCAGUUGCGGGGUGCAUGGGCAGGCAUUGGACCGACCUCCAAUUAUCAUGAUUCCAGUCUCCGCUCGGAUCCAUGUGGUUAGCAGGGGGGCGUGCACAAGCGCUGACUGCGAUGUAUACCCAUAUUAGUCGAGGCGGAGUCCGCGCGUAAGGAUUUCGCCUUGGGAGUUGGAACAUGCACCAGGGCGGGCCAACGAACGCUUCGGUAACCGCACUCCAUGGGGGCCGUGUUCUCGAGAAUAUGAAAACGGUGAACGAGACACUGCAGAGAGCAUCGCAAGCAGACAGACUCCAGCAGGCGUUUCCUGACCAUACAUUGCAGAGGACUCCAUUUCUAUUCCACUGCAUCUGUCAAGAUGUUCAUGUCCAUCCCUGGCCCCGCGGCCAUUCUCGGCUCAAUCAUUCCUCUUCUCGUACUGGAUAUUUUCGCCGUCGGUUUGAGGUUCUAUUCCAGAAGGAAGAGGAGACAACCGCUCCAGACGGAUGACUGGCUCACGGUUCCGGCGCUGGUGCUGGCCAUAGGCCUCGCCUCGAUCAUGUUCUACGGUAUCGAUUCCACGGCACUUGGGUAUCCCGCACCGCCAAUGCCAGAUACCGAGACGGGAGUGGAGAAGAGGUCGGCCAUCACGGCUAGCGACUGGAAAAUCGUCACUGCCAGGAAGCUCGAAUAUUCGUUCCUGGUAAUCUUCGCGACAACCAACGGCCUCAUCAAAAUGUCCGUUCUGUUCCUGUAUCGCCGCCUCUUUGUGGUGGACAAGCAGAACUGGACGAACGGUCGCAACGUCUUCUUCAUCACCAUGAUUACCCUCAUGGGUCUCUGGGCCACUUCAUACACCUUUGCCUUCAUGUUCAUGUGCAAGGGCAACUUUGAAAUUCUUUUCACUGACCUGCUUGCCGUUAUGGAGCAGUGUGUGAAUACGUUCAUGGUCGGGUAUUCGUGUUCCAUCUCCGAUUUCAUUAGCGAUGCCCUCAUUGUCUUGAUCCCUAUUCCGUUCGUGUGGCAACUGCAUCUCCCCUUGGGAAAGAAGCUGGCGGUCCUGGGUGUCUUCCUGCUCGGUAUUCUCUCUUCAGGAGCCUCCUUGGUCCGCAUGCUUUGGAUGAUCUGGGCAAACCAUAUCGGCAUGGAUGAGGCAGUGGAUGAAGGACUGCUUCUCACUUCGGAACUUUACUGGUGUUUGAUGGAAAUCACGCUCGGCCUUCUUGCCGCCUGCCUCCCCACUCUCCGCGGCUUGGUACAGACCAAGAGUGUGGACAGCGUAUUGAGAAGCGUGCGGAACGCCUUGUCUCUCGGGUCGACAUCUUCGGCUUCGCAGCUUGCGUCCAGCAAAGACAGCACGGCAAAGUCGAGCAGAAGCCUGGACCGGGAUGUGUAUUCUGUGAACGUGGAGACCAAGGUUACGCAAGAAGACAGGGCUGCGCAUUGGGUUUAAUUCUGCUGCACUUCGUGUUAUCUUAUAUCUCUCCAGCACCUGCAGGAAUGCGAGUUUCUCGGUUCACAUCAUUUUUU